AUGAACACCCCUUCCACUUAUGCUAUCAUAGACAGAUACUUUUUAGUCCAGUUUGGGAUUGGAAUUUCAGCCAACUCCUUCCUCUUUCUCUUCCACAUUGUCACACUCCACCAGGAUCCCAGGUCUAAGCCCAUGAAACUGAUAACCUGUCACUUGGCUCUUGUCCAUGAAGUGAUGCUCCUCACGGCAGUGCCUUUGUCUUUUAUGGACCUGAAUUUUUGGGAUGCACUCAAAUGUAAGGCCUUGUUCUACACAAAUAGGGUGAUGAGGGACCUCUCCAUCUGUGUCACCUGCCUCCUGAGCGUCAUCCAGGCUGUCACCAUCAGCCCCAGCACCUCCUAUUUAGUGAGAUGUAAACAUCAAUUGACAAACUACAUUAUCUGUAUUUUAACAUUUUUUUGGUGUUUCAAUUUGUCUUUCAGUAGUAACAUAAUCUUUCUUAUUGUGACUUCUUCAAAUAUGACUCAAAAUAAUCUCCGUAUUACUAAACACUGCUCACUAUCUCCCAUGAAUUCCAUCAUUGGGAGGCUAUAUUCCACUCUGACAACAUUCAGGGAUGUAUUCCUUGUAGGAGUCAUGCUGCUCUCAAGUGUGUACAUGGUGACUCUCUUGUCCAGGCAUCAGAGGAGGUCCCAGCACCUUCACAGCACCAGCCUCCACCAAACAACCUCCCCAGAGAAAAGGGCCACGCAGACCAUCCUGCUGCUGGUGAGUGCCUUUGUGGUCACCUACUGUAUGAACCACAUCGUGAUGUCUAUCUCAGUGUAUGUGUUGUGGACAUAUAACCAGGUCCUUCUGAGUAUUCAGAAGUUUGCCCUUAAUGCUUAUGCCACAAUCAGUCCUUUGGUGCUUCUCAGCUCUGAUAAAAGAAUAGUCAAUAUACUGAAAAAUAUUCAAAGGAAGUGCUGCUAA